AUGAGCUCCUCAACCUCCACCCCUGCGCGAUCUAUGCCACCAACAUCUUCAUCUGUGGUGCGCGCGCGUAUAGCAGCAUUUGGCGGAGGCGGAGGCGGAGGCAAUUCCAGUAGCUCCACCUCUGCCGCUGCUCCUGUUGCUCCUGCAACGGCGUCAAACAAGUCCGCCACUAGCGGGCGGUUUGAAGGUGUGCGAGGUACGGCCGGGAAUGCACGGCGACCCUUGCGACCACCGCCCAUCAAUGUGCAAGCGGCAGAGGAGGCUGAAAGUUCGAAAUCGAGGAGCGCCCCUGGUACGUCGAACAGCGCAAAUGGUUCGGUCGCCGAUUCAAGGCCCGUUCCUGGCAGUGCCGCAUCGGCGCCGGCAUCGGGAACCAACAACCGUUUUGGUCUCGGCUCUGGCUCGUCCAGUGAAAGCCUGAACUCGCCUGGCAAAGCUCAAUGGACACGCACCGCCGCAGGCCCCACCCACUCUAGCUCGAAAGCUUCACCGCCGGUCGCUUCCGCCAACAGUCCUCUGGCUGCCGCUCUCAAAGACAGGGAGAGGAGGGAGCAAGAGAGAGCUGGCGCGCUGAAGAAAUCUUCUUCUUCAGACGCACUGCGGGCAGCAACUUCUCCUCAAUCCAAGUCUCCUGCCUACUCCUCUUCUGCUCGCGACAACGGCGGUACAACAGAGAGCGGACCCCCACCCUUGCCGCCACCGAAACCUUACCCGCCUCAGCUGGACGCUUGGCAACCGCCACCUACUCCCUUCUCCUUCUCGUUUGAGGGCGAGCAGCCUGCGAGACCGCCUUCCACCUUUGUGGAUCAGAGCACGCAGACCCCGCCUAUCUCGCCAAAGAUUCGCCCAAAGGAUGCCCGAAGGACUUCCAAAGGCAGCGCCUCUUCAUCAGCCACUCGCAAGAGGAAGUCCGCCGCAAAGGAAAAGUUGGAUGUCAAGUCGAAAGCGGUGACCUCCGGCAGUAGUGGGAACGAAAAGGACACGGAGGACAGCGACGACUUGGUUGUAAAGAAGCUAGCUGCCAUCGAUCCGGACACCUUCCCCUCGCCUGGCAAAGGCGACGCUAGCGAAGCCGCUAGCCUAGAUCUUAGACUGAAUCGGAGCGACAGCGUAAUGAGCACCGCCAGCAAUCAUCACCUCUCUGCAGUGGUCUCUACGGCGAUAAGACGAGUUGCAAUUUCCAGGCCUGAGAAUGGUGCAAGAAUGACGGCAUCAAAUACGAAUGGCGAAGUUGGCAGUGCGCAAUCCAGCGCAAAAGGUGGUUCCGCAGAGGCGAAGCUAGCAAGCAAUCAACCUGAACGAUCUCCAGACAUUCCCAACAUUUCGCUCGUCGAUCCAGGAACAGCGAGAGCUCAAGCGGAGCAGGAGUGGCCGGACGAGAUUGACGACGCAGAAGCAAAGUUGAGGACACCGCUAGCUCAAGGCCAAGAGAUAGAGGUGCCGAAUGCGAUCAGCGAGAAGUACGCAAGGUUGCAAACCCCAAGGCGUCAGACGAACGGUGCUUCGGGAGGCGCAAAGAAUGCGAAAGCGUCCAGAGACGCUUCGCUUCUCAAGGUGCAGAAUGGCUUGAGUGCGGCUGGAGCACCGGGCGAUCGAAGCAACACGCCAGGCUUGUCAAGACUACGAGGGGACAGCUCCCAUAGCUCUACAAGCGGUGUCUCCGAUGUUUCGCGGGAUCAUUCAAGCAGCAUACGUAGCUUCGGUAGUGGUCGACUCUUCUCCUCCAAACCCACCCCGAUCGACACUGCUCGUGCAGCAAAGGGCAGGGCUAAUGGGCUUCACGUGCUGAGCUCUUCGACAGUCGCCACGCCGUCAAGCGAUUCGUCGCACGCUUCCUCUUCUCCACGGCUCGGACUCGCUUUGCUGGCGAGCGGACCAACGCAUCACAGUCGCAAGCCGUCUUCCCUGUCGCCCAAUCCUUUGUACGCUCCUCUUCCGGAUGUGAGCCCUAGGUCGCAGUUCGCAACGCUGGCCUUGCCCACGGAUGGCGCCGAUCCAUCGGGCUCUGCGUCCGGAGCGCAAACAGACAAGACGGCUCGACGGCCGGGGGGCAGACCAAGAGCUAUGUCUCGAACCAGCAGCGUUGGCGGUCUGAGUGUGAUUGCCUCUAGCUGGGGUGGGCUGACUUCAGCUGGUCUAGAUCCGCUUUCGGAGGAAUGGGGCACCUCCAUUCACGACGAGAGCGGCGGCUCUCCCUCUGCACAUUCUGCCCGUCCGAUCUCAUCCUCCUCUCGAUCACAUUUGCGAAGACCUUCCAACGUCUCGUUCAGCGCCCGGUCACAAAGGUCCUCCGUAGGUCCGCAGUCCGCCAAUGGAAUCGCACCUAGCAAGGACGCCCUCAUCACUGCUUUGUUGGCUGAUUCGGCCAUCGUGGAUGCUCAAGCAUACACCAACAUCGAGUCGCUGGAGCACGUGGAGCAGCUGAAGAAGGAGCUCAGGCUUUUGGAGCGCAAAGCCGAAGCUGCCAAACACAAAUUAAAGGUGGAGCAGCGUAUGCGGGAUGCCACAGCGAAGCUGCAACGCACUGCAGGCGGGAAAAGGGAUGCCAUUACUAACGCCCGAGGCAAGUGCGAUGUUGAUGGCAAUCCUUUGGUUGAACCUGAGUCGCCGAGCACGCCCCUGGUGCGCACGCCGGGAGGGCAGACUGGUGGCGGGGCAGCUGACCAGCUCAUCAAUGCUCAAGAUCGCGUUGAUGCUGUCACGCGCGAGUUGCUUAGCGUGUACGAGCAGAUGGAUCACUUGCGCCGCCGCUUGCUAGAGCAUCAGGCAAGUGUACUCGCUUGCCGCGUCAAGGACCUUGAAAUGGCUUCAAAGGAACAGAGUGAAAUACUAGUCCAAACUUUACAUGAACACGAGCAAGCCGGGCAACUGGAUCGCGAUCAGGACAAGACGGAGGAGCUGGAGUCUCGGCUCGAGGAGCAGGCGUCGGAAGUCAUCAGGAGCAAAAGUCGCAGCGACGAGCUGCAACGCAGACUCGACACCAGCGAAAAGGCCCUCGAGGUCCUCCGAGGCCAAAUGGAACUUGUCAGCGCCGCGGCAAAGGAUGCCGAGAUGAGAUCGAAUCAGCGACGAGACGCAGAGGUUGCUCGACGCCAGACGGACGCUGCUCUGCGCAACGAGCUUCAAGCUGCAAAGGCGUCAGUUGAGCGAAUGGAGCGCGAACUUGAGACCGAGCGCAAAGCUGCUGUCGACCGGGUUGUAGAGACGAGCGCGGAGGUCAGUGCUCUGAUUCAGCGCGCUGAAAUUGCAGAACGCUCGCUUGAAGAGGAGCGCAAGAGGCCAAAAGGUUCAUCUGUGCCCGAUGCAGAAUUCGAAGCAUCUAAGAAAGCUCGCCUCGAAUCUGAAGCGCUCGCCGCAGAACGGCAACGCGAGAUAGAGAAUCUAAAGGCCGACCUGGAAGGCGCACAGCAGCACCGACUCGACCUCGACGCCAGCACCGUUAGGAACAAGACGCUCGAGCAGCUGCUGUCACGAGAAACAGACCUGCGUGGCAAGGCGGAGCAAGCGCUCGCGCAGUCCACUGCGAAAUUCUCCGAAGUUGAGAAGCAGCGUGCAGCUCUGAAGACUAGCGAGACUGCUGUUUCCAAAAAGCUCUCGAACCUAGAGAUCGAGGUGAGCGCAGAGCGAAAGCUCAUGUCGGACCGCGCCGAGCUCUUCGUCGCAUUCGAACGAAGGCUCGAAAGCGCCGAGCGCCGACUUCGUAAGGAAGACGAACGGUGCGCACGUCUCCUUGGCAAAGACGAAGGCCGGGAAGAGAUGGACGACUUCCUGGCACAGAUCAAAGGACUCGCCUCAAACAAGAAGGCGAAGACUGCCGGUCAAGAUAUCGACGGUCUGAUCACCAGCAUGAGCACGCAUAUUUCUGACAUGGCUGACGAGCUCCAGCGACUUGGUAGCAGCAGCGCGGGCGAGUCUUUGGAUUCGGCAGCUCAAAGUGGCGGCUUCAACUCGGGCGCUGUUAGGAAGCUCGAAACGGAGCUGCAGAUUGCGGAGCACGACCUCGAGCGCUGGAAAGUCGAAGCAGAAAGUGCGAAGCGUCAGCUCGCAGUCUUCCAGCGCCAAAGCAGCCUGAGCGCUGCAGGCUCGUCAUUCGAUCGACAUUCUCGACUGAGCUCGGGAACUAGCGACAGAGCGCGACAGGUCCAGCACGAGCUCGAAGCUCGUAUCGCCCUGCUCGAGAAGCAGAAUCGAAGGCUCGAAGAAGAUUUGGCCGAGGCGCGCAUGCUCAACAUGAGCGGAAGUGGACCAGCUAGCCCUGUCAAAGUGGCGGGAAGCGAGGCCGAAGGUGAACAAGUCUUGCAGCCGAGCCUCCAAAAGGUCAAUCUCGAGCUCGCGGCCUGUCGCGCUGCUCUAGCGAAGAUCACGCCGAUGCUUUCGGAGAAGGUUGAUAUCGCCGACCUCGCUGGCUCGAAUGCGAGGCUGCAAUUGUUGCGGGCCGCCUUUGAGCCUUCGUCCCAAUCGUCUGCAAAAUCUCAAGGCAGUUUGCUGUCUCGGGAUAGCACCGAAGAAGGCUCUGACGUCGGCAAGGACAACCCCGAGAUGCUCGUCGACCGCAUUCGCAAAUUGAUCAACGUGGGUCGAAUUGUGGUCGAUCGCGCGACAGCAUUGGAACAGUCUCGAGACCAGCUUCAACAAGACGUGAAGCGUCUGGAAGCGAGGUGCAAAGAGCUUAUGCAGACACGAGAACGGGCCACCAACAACAGCAGCGCGCUCAGUCGAGCUCGCGAACGUAAGCUAGACUCCACGCUGGCUGAUCUGCAGUCCGCCAUGCAGCCAGCGCCGGAGAAUUUGCGCGAGAAAAUCCCCGUGGCAAGCAGAGCUGCGUUGUCUAGAUCUUCCAGCUCGGGAUCGGUCGCGAGCUCGGCAGCAAGCAUGAUGCCGUCUCUGCACGUCAUGCCGUCUACUUUGUCUACGCGCGGAUUUGCGAGCAGGUCACCUUCCGCACCCGGUGGGCCUACCUCGGCGCCGUCGGUCGCCCCAGCGUUCAGCCCGAGCGCGAAUGCUGGCCCGAAUUCUGCAAACGCAUUUUCUAGCAGCUCUGCCGGACCUCGCACGUUGACACUUGGCAUGGACUCUACGUCGCUCGUCUCACGCGUCCGAGAUCUCGAGCGCGAGCUCAGAGCGACUGUAGUCGUUCGGAAGACGGCUGAGCGCGUUCCUGAGCUUGAAAAGGAGCUCAAGAAUGCUCAAGCUGCUCUGGAUGAGGCUCAAUCUAGAAUCGAAGAGGUGCAAGAAGCGAGUAGCCGCCAGAAUAUCCAACUGCUCGAGGAACUCAAUGCCCUUCAGGACGAGUUGGCGCAAGCUCGUCUGUCCCUCCGAAAGCUACAACCUAUCUCUCCCGCGUCUGAUCGCGCUCUACCAGCGCUGCCGCCAUUGUAG